CCCGCCAUUCCUCACUUCACUUCUGAGAAAGCCAAGAGAAGACACAGAGAACAGGUUGGAUAAGAAACCAAGAAGACAGCAUUGUAACUUCUGCAGGACACGCUGCGAUUUUCUUUCUCUGUCUCUGUAACGCUCUUACAACUUAUCUCCUAUAAUCUUCCAUCUGUUUUCAUACCAUUUUAUGACCUUUAACCCUAUGGACUUGGGCCCAGCUUGAAUGUACAGAAACUGUGGGACUACUAAGAAAAUGCAGAUGCAGCUGACCUCCGUUAUCCUCCUUUUUUUAUUGUGUAAUGGACUGUGUUCAGAUAUAGACCAGGGAAAAGGGGCAAUAGAGGAAGAGGUACUGAGAAGUCUCCUCACUUCAAAGGUAAAGCAGAGCAAGCACAUCGCCCCCCUGUGGCAGCUGCCGCUGCAGGAUGUGUGCAGGAUUAUGAACCGUCUCGGGGAGUCUUGGCAGGAGGCCUGGGGCAGUGAGGAGCAGCAGGAGGACGCAGAGGUUCAGGCUGACUAUGACCAGAGGGUUUCAGGUACCCUCGCCCAAAUGCUUGAGGAAAUGCAUGACCUUCAGAACCUCUGCAGGGUCCUGCAGCCUAGAGAGCUUCAAGACGACCAAGAAUAUCUGGAGCUGGACCAAAACAGUGACAGUCCACUGAAGAGGAAAUCUCCGUAUAUACUUAAAAGGCAACUGCGCACCAAUAAAUCAAGACGGCCUUACAUUCUGAAGAGAAGUGUGUUAUACUGAUGCCCAAGACAAUCUGACGGAAAGACAUUUUUACAUUUUGUGAAUAUGUGUCUGUUUUCAGUGUUGUAGUAUUAAAGUAGCUUUAAAGUAAUUGUAUGUUCUGUUUUAGCUAAACCCAUAUUUAUGUGCUUCAGAAGGCAAUCCCUUCUUCUUCAUUAUGGGAUGGACAAUGUAAAUAAAACAGCAGACAAUUAAGGAGUUUAUGAUAUUUAUUUAUUUAUUUAAUGUAUGUUUAUUUUUCUUCCAAUGUAAUUAAAUCAUACUUAUUAAAACU